AUGGAGCUGACCCUCUCGAAGGAACUUAAUCUCUCAUCGCUCGGCCUGCGACGGCUUGUGUGCCCGACCAAGGUCGCCUCGCAGCUAGUCUCGCUCAUCUACCUCAACAUCGCCAACAACGAGCUGGAGGUGCUCGAUCUCCCGCUGCCUCGUGUGCGAGUCUUGGAUGUCUCGUGCAACCGCUUGGCCAAUGUCGAGUUUGUCCACACCAUGCCGCACAUCGAGGUCCUCCGCAUCGAGGCCAACCCGCUCCCAGCUCACGCCGGCUACCUGGCUGUCCUUCAUCUUGGCGAGCUCAAGGUGAUCAACGGGGUGAUGCUGACGUCGGCCAUGUUUACGCUCGCCUGGAGUAUUCGCAACGCCGUCUUUGACGUUAUCGAGUCGCUCUGGGCCCGCGACGUUAUCAAGGCACUCAAGCGCGACAACUUUGACGAUGUGCGAACGGCCUUUAUUCGCGUUGUCGUCACAAGCCUCACAGAUAUGUACUCGGAUCCGCCGGCACUGCGUGACUUUGCCGUUUUCCUUGCCGUCGAGCAACUGACCAAGCGCCUUUUGCAGUACCAUGAAGGUUUGUAUCCUGGCGCUAAGAACGACCGCAAGCGGCGCCGGUCCCGCAAGCGAGCGGCAACGGCGGCGCCAAGCAAGCGCCUGCGUCCGCUCGCGUCCCGGAUUAUGGCCCAUGGCCAGGCUUCUGGUGUUCCACCAGCCUCGAUCAAGCACGCACUCGCGUACCAGACGGAUGUGGCUCCCGGCACUGAGCCGUGGCCCUACCCGUACCUCCCGUCGUUUGCCGACGUUGCCAAGGUGGAGGCCUCCCGCGACAAGUGGGUCCACACUGACAACUCGCAAAUCACCCGCUCGCUCCACACCUACAAUAACUCCUCCGGCUUUGCCUUUCACGAGCCGGUGGCGCUCAUCCGGGCGCUCAGCUCGUGGAACGGCGGCUCGACCGCAACUUCGAGCUCACCUUACUUUCCAGUCGUCGCUGCGCGGAAGAGCGCCGACGCCAAACACAUGGCCCGCAUCCUCGCUGCCGACUCGCGGUUGGACCUUGUCUCGGGCAUGUUCCGCUUCGACGGCCGUGUCGUAGUCCAGCGGCUGGUCUCGCAGUCGCUUGAGGACGCGACCCAAGUCCUUAUCCGCUGGCAUCCAUCCGGCUGGAUCCCGGACGAGUGGCAUGACGCGGCCGAUUACUCGCUCGUUACCUACCGUCAUGUUUCAACGCUGCCGCAUGAUAUGGUGCUGCAGACCCUGAGCAAGCUUGUGUAAACCAUCUUUCU